CCCCGCUCGGACUGCUGCCUGUCGCUCCCUGUCAGUCCUCCCAGUCGAGCUGCAGUCCCGCACUGUGAGUGACAGUCUGUUGGCGAAAAUGAGCGACAAAGGUUUGUCGGACGAGGCAGCGGCUGCAGCCUGUAAAGACGCAGACCCGGUAACUAAGGAUUUCAUGAUGCAGCAGACUAUGCUGCGAGUUAAAGAUCCAGUUAAAUCCUUGGAUUUCUACACCAGAAUCCUCGGCAUGACGCUCCUGCAAAAGUUUGACUUCCCCUCCAUGCGUUUCUCUCUAUUCUUCUUGGGCUUCGAGGACAAAAAGGACAUUCCUACAGAUCUGAAGGAGAAGACGGCCUGGACCUUUUCCAGAAGAGCCACCAUUGAGCUGACGCAUAACUGGGGCUCUGAGUCCGAUGAGAGUCAGUCUUAUCACAAUGGAAACUCUGAUCCACGAGGCUUUGGACACAUCGGAAUUGCCGUUCCUGACGUCAGCGCAGCCUGUAAACUGUUUGAAGACCAAGGCGUCACUUUUGUCAAGAAGCCAGAUGAUGGUAAAAUGAAAGGCUUGGCCUUCAUUCAGGACCCUGACGGCUACUGGAUUGAGAUCCUGAGCCCGAACAACAUGGUGUCCAUCACCUCGUAGACACCGACAACCUGCCACCUGCCGCAGCGCGAACAGGCCACACCUCCUGCGGCGUCACAGGGAGAAGCAGAGCAGCGAUGAAAUUGGAAACCUGCGCCGCAGAGAUGAGGGGGGAAAUGGAGUAGGCUCAGCUGCACAAUGGCAAUCAGUGUUCCUUUGCAUGGGCUGGACUAAUAUAGCGAGUUGAUGAGGAUUAGUUAUUUUUAUGAUUCGCGACUACUAUAGUGUACCUGUUGAGUUUAUCUGCUAUCAGUUUGUAUGUGUUUUCAGAAAAUAAAUAAAUCUGCGUUA